AUGUGUCUCUGUGUCUUCGACAUACAAUUUACCCGUGGUCGGUUAUGCGAACGAUCACGUGAAAAGAGGUUUUCCUGCAAGCCCGUGAAGUUCUUAUCACGGUGGCCGCCGCCGGCGUUUACCCAAUUCAGAGAUCCAGCUUUACCUCGGAGAAUGAAAUCGAGUAAAGGUCAUCAGGAGGAGGAGGAAGACGAUUAUGAAGAAUUCGGCGUCAAGAAAGAUAACACCCCGUCUUCCAAUACCAGCAAAGAUGGGAAGAGCAGUGAUAAAGCUAAUGCUACUAGGUCGAAGCAUUCAGUUACAGAACAGCGUCGAAGAAGCAAAAUCAAUGAAAGAUUCCAGAUAUUGAGGGAUUUGAUACCCAAUAGCGAUCAAAAGAGAGAUACAGCAUCGUUUCUACUCGAGGUAAUAGAAUAUGUUCAAUAUUUACAAGAAAGGGUACAAAAAUAUGAAGGAUCAUAUCAAGGUUGGAGCACAGAGCCCACAAAAUUAAUGCCAUGGAGAAAUAGUCACUGGCGUGUCCCAAAUUUCGGUCAACCCCCCGUGAUAAAAACCGAUUCUGGUCAACCACCAUCUUUUCCCGUUAGAUUCGAUGAAAAUGUCCAAAUUGCCCCUCCCAUCAACACAACCUCACAAAAUCAAAACCCUGCCCGAACUGACCCUAGUGACAUGAACUGUAACAUGAUCGAUUCACAACCUGAAUUAUCAAACAAGACAACACUCAUGCCCAUCCCAAUGCUGCCCGGACAAUCUGCCCCGGUUGUUGAUGGUGGAUUUUCCCAUUCUACCCUUCACGGGUCAAGUGAUUGCCCGGGCCCGGCUGCCCGAGAUGGAAGUCAGCAAGAUGAGUUGAUGGUUGAAGGAGGGACAAUUAGUAUUUCAAGUGUUUAUUCUCAAGGGUUAUUAAAUUCGCUUACAGAUGCGUUACAAAACUCGGGUGUGGAUUUGACUCAAGCUACCAUUUCAGUACAAGUUGAUCUUGGGAAACGUGCAAACAGAGGACUCAUAUCCACUACUAAGGAACAUGAGAACGCUCAACAACCUGUGGGUAGGUUUCAAGAAUUUAGCAAUGGAGAAAACUCUGAUCAAUCUCAACCUCCAAAAAGACUCAAGACAUGAAAUUGGUGAUAAAUUUAUGUUUUGGGAAGGGGGGUAAAUGGGUCAAUUUGUACAUGAUGUGUGGUUUUGGCAACCCGAGAAAUCUGUUGUUAUGUUGUAGAAAGAGCUGCUGCAUGUGGAUGAUGAGUUGAGUGUUGCCU